CAAUUUUCCUCUCUCUGACCAUUUUCUAGAAAACUUCUAGAGAGAGAGAGAGAGGGCAGGGCGGAGGAGGAGGAGAAGAACAAGGAGGAGGACUCUAUUGCUUCGCAGAGGUGUAUUUUCCUUCCACUGAUGUUCUUAUAUCAGCAUAGUGGUACAUAUCAAAAGUACAGGACAAAUGCCAUCAAUAAAAAUGAAGGCCAAGUUAAGCCCAGCCUGCUUAAGAGAAAAACAUUCCCUUCGUGUUUGUCAGAAAUCUUGUGUCAUCUCUAAAAAAUCUUGUUGUCACUUGAGGGUUUCCGAAGAUGCAGAUGAAUUUGAUGGUUGCAUUACAAAAUGUCAGGAAGCUUCUCUGAACACAGAAUUUCAAUCUAUUAAUAGCAAUAUGAAUCAGGAAGCCAUUAAUCACCAGGAAUUCAUUGAAGAAGAAACUUCUGAAUUGAAGAGGCGUGGAGAAGAUUUUGAGUUUAAGAGGGAAGAACCUUUUUCAGUCAAUGCUGCUGAUUCAAAUGGAAAGGAUUGCACCUCAGCCUACUCUUCCGAAAUAGAUACAAUUUUUUCUCCUAUUUUGAAUAAUAUUGAAGUCCAGUGCCAUCCUAUCAUCGGACAUGAUCCAGGGAGCAAACUUGAUCCUGACAUAAAAGGAGUGGAAACUGAUGAAAAGAUAAAUAACAGAAGCUCACAUGAAAAUCAAACCUGUGACGUAUCAGAUUUUUUUAUUUCUGACAUGAUAGUCGCAAGCUUACCUUUUAGUGGAAAUGAUGACAUYGACAACAUCAAUUAUUUUCAUGACUACAAAUAUACUCAGUCGACUAUAUUGUCUGAUGUUGCUGACCAGUAUAUGAUACUGCCUUUCCUGGAGGACACUGUGAAGUUCAGCAAUUCUGAUGAUGCUAAAUUUUCUGAAGAAUCUUCCAUUGGUCCUGGUAAUUCUAGUUUAUACCGAGUAAUCGAUCAACGGAAUAAUUUGAACCUUGAAUUCAAUGUUAGCUUUGACUCAGAUCAGACAGAGUGUUUUGAUCCCCAGUUGUUCAUAAAAAAWUUACCAGAACUGUCAGAUGUGAUAUCAAGCUUUCAGCCCAGUAUAUUGCCCAAUGAAAAUUGGAAGAGAAAGGCUGUGACCCUUGUACUUGAUUUGGAUGAAACCCUAGUUCACUCUACAUUGGAACCGCAAGAUGAUGCAGACUUCCGCUUUACCGUUUGCUUGAACAUGAAAGAGCACAUUGUAUAUGUUAAACGGAGGCCAUAUCUUCAAAUAUUUCUUGAUCGUGUUGCGGAGAUGUUUGAAGUUGUUAUCUUUACAGCCAGUCAAAGUAUUUAUGCAGAACAAGUUCUCAACAAACUGGACCCAGAAAGUUGUCUUAUCUCACGCCGACUUUAUCGUGAAUCAUGCAUUUUUUCAGAUGGAUGCUACACCAAAGAUUUGACAGUUUUGGGCAUUGAUUUAGCAAAAGUUGUCAUUAUAGAUAAUUAUCCACAGGAUUACAAGUGAACAACGGUAUUCCUAUUAAGAGUUGGAUUGAUGAUCCGUUGGAUUCUGCCUUAAUUUCAUUACUUCCCUUUUUGGAGACCCUGGUUGAUGUUGAUGAUGUCCGUCCUAUUAUUGCCCAGAGAUUUGGUAACAAGGAAUAAGAGCCCUUCGUAUUCUUAUUCUGUUCUUGAAUAUGGUGGCUCCUUGUCCUCUCUCUAUUUCACAGCAAAAGUAGCUUCUAAUCUUAGAUGCUUCUCUCUCUCAUCUUUGAGCUCAAGAUGAUUAACUAUCGAAUAAACUUGUUUGUCUUUGUUGAGUCAGACUUAGGUGCUUGUUUCCUUUCCUUUCUUUCCUUUCGCUGACUAAAGUGUGCUUUGUCUCAUUUUUUGGUGAAGGUAGGUCUAGGGAAUGUCUCUUUUGCUUUUUUGUACAGUUCAUGUGCUUGGUCRUAUGUGAUAAGAAUGUAUAUGAAUUUUAAUGUUGUGCAAUAUAAUUCAUGCGGGAUGUUGCUUUCUCCCAUGCCACUUUCUUCGUGAUAUGUAGUUUUAUUUGGUGUUGUUUUGUAGUGCUCCUUUUUUUAAAAAAAAAUUAUUAAAUUCAAAUCUUCGUCCAUUUCCUCAAUUAGAAGUUGGAACUCUUGACUUGGAUCUUCUCUUUCUUCUAUUUAAAUUAUUUCCUCAAUUAGAAUUUGGAACUCUUGACUUGGAUAUUCUCUUUCUUCUGUUUGAUAACAAAGUCAUUAAGCUUGAAUUUUCCCAAAUCAUAUACACUUGAUGUAUUGUUCCUUCUUGAAAGAAGGCUUCUAUUAGAGUUCAAGGCUGUGUUGAAAGACUGAAGUYAUCAAAGUCUGAAGUUGCGUGUACAAGGUUUUGGUUUGGCAUAUUCUGAAAUAGAGGGAACUUGAAAGUCUGCUGAAUUAUUGUAGAACCUAGAGGAGUAUGCUGGGUUGAGCAUAAUGGUAAAAACCCUUGGAUUUAAUAUAAUUUUAAAAAGUUUAAAUUUGAAUCAACAUAUUUAAAUAUUAAAUUUCUUGUAAGCCUUAUGAUUGUCAAAUAUUUUUAAGCCGUGUAGAAGUUUCAUAAUAAAGUUUAAGAGGUCAAGGGGUCUAGGGGUAUAAAGGAGAUCUCAAGGUUUAUGACGGAUUAAUGAGUGUAGCUACUUAAGAAAAGACUAGAAAGCCAUGACAAACAGAUACACUGAACGCACUACUAUCUUUGUUUGUAUUAUGAUAAUUCAUUGCAUAAGUUAUGUAAUACUUGGUUGCGUGUGUAUUUCACGAUUGAAUGCAUUGACACUUUUGACUGUCAUCCUAUUAAGAUGCUCUCUUGUGUACCCUUUCACUUAAUUGGGAUUAAUGCUCUUAAGAUGUUCUCAUUCUCUGAAGUUUGAUUAAUGCUUAUUAUCUAUCAUUAAGAAUUAGUUUCCUGGAGAAAAUCAACGGGAAGACCUUUCCUUUGCCUUUAACGUUUUUUUGUAUUUAUUUGUUCUUUUCUGUUGGGUUGAUGCAUGGACAUAUUCAAGUUUAACGUAGUUCUUUGUUUCACUACUGAAUAUACAUUGAUUAGUGCUUUGAGCCGAGUGUUUUUACAUCCUGCAAUUCACCGUGCUUUCAUGCAUGUGAAAUAGAAAACCUUUGUUUUCCUUAAGUAUUGAAUUUUGUGGGAUUUUUUAUAAUGUACUUUCUCCAUUUCAACAUCUUGUCUUGAGAUCUUCCAAGACUGUGAUUACUUGUUAUAUAUUGACAACUCAUAACUUGAGUAAUCCGAGUUCCUGUGACAUUUGUGUACAUUUCAUCUUAUUUCUUGUUACAUAUCGUUUUGCCCCUUGUUGACUUCCACUCCUGUGUUAUUCUGCAUGUGUCAUAGUUCUGCAGCCUUGCACUUUAUAGGUCUUAUACAUGGAGGGAAUAGGAUUUUAGGAGAUUACUAAYAACAAAUCAAGCUUCCUAAGGAAAAAUAGAAGGAAAAAAAGAAUGAAGGGAUGUUUUGAUAUAUAURCUUCUAUGAGAAGGGAUAAUUUCUCGAUUACUUUGGGUUGCAUGAAUUAGCUUAGCUUAUUGAUAGAUGAUGAUCGCUAUCUUUUAUACUAUAAGAAGUUUUAUGGUUUUCUGCAGGUCUUUUGAAGGGCAGUUCUAACUUCCUCCAUAUGGAAAAAUGUUAGGUACGUCACUAAUUCUUUCCUUCCCCAUAAUGCUUAAAAGGAUUUUUUUAGUUCAACAUGUGGGAUUCGGAAUMUCUCACCUUUUAGUUGAGUAUAUAUGCUAUAACUAGUUGAGCUAUCCUCAAGUUGACUUAAAAAGAAGUUAUCUUCAUAGGAUCUUUUUAUUUUGAGUCCUUGUAUCCUGGUGUGAAUAAAUAUAAACAGAUUCAUUAGUAGGSGACAACGUGUGGGAUCGGAAUUUGAACUUCCGACUUAUUGAUCGAAGUUAUAUGUCUWAGCCAAUUCACCUAUGUUGAGGUUUACUUUUAAUAGGAUAAUAGUUUAGCAUAACCCAGCUCUCUUUGUAAUAKUCUCUCCCUCCUCCACAGUACUUAAAAACUCCUACUUGUUUAAUGUGACGGAUUAUGCCAUUUUAUUGCCUC